CACACCUCUGUGUUUGGCUCGAGUAGUGCACUGACAGAUUCACAGCAAAUUGUUGAUUUGCCCAAUUCCUUCCUCAUGGCGCCGUUGGCUCUCGUGCUCUUUGCCAGCCUUUCUUCCGCAUUCGCGUUCAGGUCGGAUGGCAAGGAAGAGGUGAAAUCAAUUCACCAGCAUGCGGAGCACACUGCUGCGGUUGAGGCUUCGAUUCAGCUCCAUACCAGCAACGCAACGGGAGACGGCAUGGAUAGUGCCAUUGCCCAGGCCAGCAUGGUCCACCAGCAGAUGCUCAAGGUGGCAAAGACUGGCAUCACUGGCUAUGCUGCAGUGAAUGGUGCCCGUUGCCCAACCAGUGUGCCAGGAAUGAACAUGGCUGUUGAGGACGGAUACGACUAUGGUGCUGGCUGCAAAUGGCAGGAGACAUGUCUUUGCCCAAACUCCCCCUACUAUGUUUGUGCAACCACGGGCCGGAUAUCCAAUCCGUCAGGCUUCACCGGAGUUUUCAUUUCAACCUUUGGCUAUUGCCGCAUGGGCUGGUGGGUAUUUGUCGGCGGUGGCGCUCUUGUCGUCAUGCUUCUGACGGUGAUGUAUUUUGGCAUCAUGUAUUAUAUCAUCAAAUAAUCAAGCUUGCCAACAGACAAAUGGCAGAAACUUUAUUGGCGA